CCAAAACAUUGCCAAUCUUCCUCUCGUUCCCGUUGUAUAUAGCACUAGUAGUGACUGUGAAUUAGAUGUUUUUAUCGCUUAAUUCGUUCGAAAAACCAAAAACCAACACCAACUAGUCAUGCGGAAAGUGGUCAUACUGAAGUCCGAAAACGACAACAGUGAGAUUUAUUCCGCGCUGCUGCAGAAAAACGGCUUCGAAGCGGUGUUCGUUCCGACCUUGGAUUUUUGCUUCAAAAAUCUGGAUGUUCUGCGCGAUCGAUUGCUGUCACCGUAUAAGUAUUCGGGUCUUAUUUUUACCAGCCCCCGGAGUAUAUCGGCCGUCCGGGAUGCCCUCGGUGGACAGCGGCUGAAAGAUGAUUGGAAAACACUGGAAAAUUAUUGCGUGGGUGAAACUUCGCAUGAUUUAAUACUACGCACCCUAGAGCUGGAUACCAAAGGUCAGCAGUCCGGAAAUGCGAGCAAUUUAGCAGACAUGAUGAAGACGGAUCUUUACAACAAAACUAUUACGUUGCCCUUCUUGUUUCCUUGCGGAAACCUCAAGCAGGAUGUCCUGCAGAACAAACUCUCCGAGUAUGGCUACUCGAUAGAUUCGGUUGAAGUGUACGAAACGAUUCCGCACAAGGAUCUGGAUCGAAACUUGCGCCAGGUGUUUAGCAGUGCUGCUCCGGAUUUUCUCAUGUUCUUCAGUCCGUCCGGAAUCAGCUACUGCGGUGCCGUUUUCGAGCGGCACAAGCUAGACCUGAGCGGCAGUCGAAUAGUCGCAAUCGGCCCCAGCACGAAGAAGGCCAUCGAAAACAAAGGCUACACGGUGCACCGGACCGCGGAGAAACCCUCUCCCGAGUAUGUUGUUAGUGCUUUACUGGAAUCCUAACUGUUUUUGGGGUGGAAAGUUUGUUGUUGGUUGAAUCAAAGAAAUGUUUAUUAGAAGUAACUUUUUUUUAAAAUAGAAUGUAGCGGGAACUAUGGGAGGCCAAUCUAUUUUGCCACGAAGUUUAGAUUGUUAUUAUUAUUAGGAAAGUUGUUGAACAACUGAAUGCCGUCUAAAGGAAAGAAAAAAAACGAAACGAGAUAGAAUAGUUCUUUGCUGGUUAAUGUUAUUCAGCUGUUGAUGUUAUAGUACAUUGGUAUACAGAAGAAAAAAAACUAAUAAUAGAAAGCGAUGUAGUUUAUUUCGCUAAUGUGAUCGUAAAUAGAAUCGGAUCAAUUUUGCAGUUGUGUGAAAGUUAUUCUGUUUUAGAUGUAGGACAAUACUAGCCUCGCUUUGUAUUUUUUGUUGUUAGUUAUGAUUUCUAUUUAUUUGCAUCAACUCAUUACCACACUUUAAAGUCAGUGUGCAAACAUUUUCAUUUUAGAUUAAUACAAAUAGUUUUAAUGUAAUAUGCAGUGAAUUAUUCAUCGGAAAAUAAAGAAUAUUGUUAAAUAUGUGUAUCCUG